CGAGAUUGCAUACAUAGGACUUGUUUGGUAUAAUGGUUGAAUUUCACUCCCUAAGGCCCCGAGCCAAGCCGACAGCCUCCCAUGAAGAAAAACCGAUAGGAAGCCUUAAAUUUCUCCUCUUUUCUUGUUCAAGAACAAGAUUUGGAGCCUUCAAAUCUUCCCCUGCAGGAAAGCUUCCGGAUCUGCGUUGCUCUGCUUCUUCACGGCCGGCUGCUCCUACCUUGUGGGGGCGAAUUGGCCUGGUUUCUGAUUGCGUGAAUUCCCGCUGCACUUGCCACCGACCUCUUCCCCCAACUGCAGCUCCGGUUCUGCUGGCUGAAAUUCUGGUAUGUGGACAGCCCUCCAAGCCCCGAAUUUGUCCAUUUAUUUGCUGCCUUGUGAUGUCCGAAUUUGGCUGAAAAUUGGGGAUGAAUUCUGGUAGCAAUUAAGAGCAUUUUAAGUGUGUUUUGUUGCUUAAUUCAUGUAGAAAAUUAGUUAAUUAGGCUGCUAGAUGUUUUGUGCGAAAAUCCCGUGAAUUAGCCAUCGUUUUGGCCAAUUUUGGAAGUGCAGUUUCUGUUCACGCGUACCAGUUACUGUUCAUGCAGAAAAUUCUGCAAUUUGCUACUGUUUUCUGCUCCUUUUCAGUCCGUUUCUGCUCUGAAAAAUCUGAUGAAAUAUCCAUUUUUCUGGUCUUUUAGCUGGCUGUAGUUGAAUUCUGGAAAUAUCAGUUACUGUUCGCGAGCACUGUUCGCGGUCACUGUUCAUUCACCGAUGGCCAACAAUUAAAGGAGAUUUAAAUGUUUAGUUCGUAAUAUAAGAAUAAAUUUGGAGAUAUCUGAUCAUGUGGAGAUUGAUAAGAAUAGCAUCGUGAUUAGGGGUAGCCCUAAUGAUGAUUUUACUUUGAAUUUGUGAUAGAACAGUAUUAAUUCUGGAUAUUUUGAUUAAGUUCCUGAUCGUUCUGUCAGUUUAGCACUGAAAGCAAGUUUUCGGUUUUAUGUGAUUAAAGUAAGUAAAUUAUGGUAAUGCCCUUCAAUUUUAAAAGUAUCUUUUGACUUGUUUUUGAAGUGGUGGCGGGACUAAACCCGUUUUAUGCAAAAGUAAGUAUGACUGAUUUGAAGUGAAAUUUUUAUGCUUUUCAUAAAAUUGAUCAUGCGUACUUGAAAUUUAAUUGAUUGUCCUGGUGAAUUGAAAGUGAUUGAUGAAUUAUGAUUUUUUUGUUAACUUAUGCUUGUUUUGUCUCCGAUGUGGUCAUGUUAUUAAUGAUCCUGCUAGUGGGGGUUAAACGCUAGCACAUGUCGACAUGUUAUUGAUAGAACCAGUUCAUUCGAGUGACCCUGCUAGUGGGGGUUAUACACCAGCAAAUAGUGUAGCUUGCCAGUGGGAGGUUUAAACACUGGCCAUGACCUAUAGAGUAGACG